AAAAAUAGAAUUACUAUAAAAAAAUUCUUAGAAAUAAAACUACAACACAAAACAGAAACAACUAAAGCAAAUGCAAAUGAAGAUAAUGAAACAUUGAAACAAAUUCGUGAUAUCUUAAAGGACUUCGAUACAUAUAUACUAUAGUAUAUUAUUAUAUUAUAUUUUAUAUUAAUUAAGUGAAUACAUAAUAAGCUUAUAUGCAUAAGCAAAAAAAAACCCUUAAACACAAACAUAAAAUUACAAAAUAAACAUUCUUGGAGCACCUACUACAGUUGUGGAAAAGCAGAAGCGCGGCCGAUCUGGGGUACUGGAGAAAGGAGUGCUGUAAACUGUAGUAGUUUCUAAAUAAGUUUUAAAGUAACUGUGCUACAUUUAAAGUUUAGAGUAACAUAAAUAGCAGCCCAGUACUCAAACAACCAAAAAUACAUCCAAACAGCGUAUCGUCAACAAAGCUACCACUAUCGGUUUAGGUUUUACGUUGAAAACACUUUCGGUUAUAUCUUUAAAACUUCCCCCAAAAUAUGAAUAUGGCGUAAAAAACUAUCAAAAAUAAUAAAAAAAACACUGCAUAAAAAUAAAAACAAUAGGAUAAUAAAAGGCUUACUUCAGCUGUUCGAGGUCGCGCAAAAAGGCUACAAUUGGUAAAUGAACGAUUGAAAGUAUGCGUGAAUUUUAGUAAAAGAAGCAAACACUUAAAUAAUUCAAUAGUAAGCACGAUAACAUUAAAAAAUAGUCCAUAACAACAAAAGCGAUUGAUAUAACACUAAAAAGCUUUCGUCAUACAAUCCUACAAAGGCGCUGUGUUUCGGCAUUUACCAUAUACAUACAAAACAAACACAUACAUUUAGAAAGGCUUUCAGUGAAUUGUCACUGCCUCCUUACAAAACGGUAAACAAGUGAACGUGUUUAAAUCUUUAAAACGAUAAACCAUUAAAAAAUAAUCUUUGACAAAACUUGCGACUAGAACAUCGAAUGCAAUUUUAAGUUUUAUUUUGUUUUGUGCCUCUACGCAUUUUCAUCAUCAGUUGCCAUUAGUGCAUUUAGCACGAUAAAUAAACCUAUUGGACGACGCGCUCUACUACCAUAGUUGUUUUCUGCUCCUACUACACUUAAUAAAAGCCUUCAACGUGUAUCCACAGCGACCAAAACCAGUGCAACACCCACCACCACCACUACUACCACUACCAACAACAAAUAUUUCAAGUGUACUUUCCAAUAUGAAUGCCCAAUCAAAAGGUUACCGCACCGGUGAAGAAAUCUACGAUAACAUUUCUUGUGAUGGCUUUUUCAACAUGAAUGCCAUGCGUAUUCAAACGACUUUUCCGCCAAUUGGUACUUUUACUUUGGAUUCGACUUUGGGUCCACCACCGGGGCAAUCGCAGAAUCAACAGUCGAUUUCUCAACAUCCACCACCGAUUGGGAUUUUCGAUGCCAACGAAGUUCCAGAAGUUAUUCAAAACCCGGCAACAAUCGGUGUGUUCCAAUCAAAUAGCGUUCUGAACAAUGGAGGUAGUGGUGGCGGUGGCAAUAACUCAUCGUCCAUCUUCAGCUCGCAAUCGAGCUCUUCUUCAGCUGCCAAUGAUCCAAGUCAAGCAACUCGAGAGACUGGUAUUAUUGAGAAACUUUUGGUAUGUUAUAUAUUAUAUUUAGACACAACUGAACAAUGUAUGUUCGUGCAUAUAUCGGCGACGAGCAAAACUUAAGACGGCUUUUAAGAU